UUUUGGUAGCGCUGGAUAUAACGCUGGAUGCUUAGAAAAACUUUGUGGCAAAAUUUUGUCAGAUUUUCUGUGAAGUCAAUAUGGUAACGUUGAUAUACAACGGCUCAAACAAUUCUUGACAGUGGUAACCCUGGUUAGCAGAUGAGAAAUAUGAUUUGACAUAUUUACAUUAUCAAAGUGAGGAAGAGUUCUUAAAUGUCCAGAAUUUCAAUUGAAGUCCACGGUGCUACAAUUCUUAAAUAUUUGAAAAACAUGGAUAUGGAUCUUUUGUGUUCUGAUUAUUACAAUUUAUUUGAUUCCUUAGAGGAAUGGGGUCAAUUCGGGAAUAAAUACGAUGAAAAAGGAAUAAAAAGCAGUUCCGGACUCAUAAAAUUCGGAGAAAUACUCUAUAACGAAAGUUCAACUUCAUUGGUGUAUAUUUGUGAACUUUGUCAUAAGAGCUUGCAAACAAUAUCAAAUUUUUGUGAUCAUAUUAAGGAUGUGCAUGAUUUUCAAACAAAUAAUCUAGUUGAAGUGUGUGACAAAGAAACUAUAAAUUUAUCAUCUAUAAAUGAUAAAAUCAGAAAACUUUCUACCGAUUCUAAAAUACCAGAUACGGAAGUACAUGCAAAGAAUGAAAUCCCAAAUGAGAAUUUAAACAACGAAGAAAAUUACUUUGUCAUUCCGGUAUCUGCUAUUAAAUUUGAAGAUGAUUCAUCAAGUCUAAAUAUGCAACUUAAAGAAAGCGAAGAGUUGAAUAAUAAGCGUGCAAGAAGUCCAUCUAUUAUGAGGAAGAUCAAUAAAGAUUCACGACCGAUUGAUUUUAUCAGCAAUCCUUGGCAUUGCGAAUGUGGAAGAGUUGUACCGAUAACACACAAAUAUCAGCAUAUGAAAAGUCACAAUGAUGUUCCUAUUUAUGAAUGUGAAAUAUCUGGGUGUUUUGACAUUUUUUUUCGACAAAGUGAACUUAAUGAGCAUUAUGAACUAAUUCAUAAUUCGAAAGAUCCCAAAAAGCCUUUUAGUUGCCAAUUUUGUCAAAGACAUUUUUCAAACAAAAAAAAUUAUACAACACACGUAAAAAGAAUUCACUUAAGUGAUCCUCGACAUCAUACAUGCCCAUACUGUCAUUAUUAUUUUUAUUCAAAAUCGUAUUUACAACAGCACGUGUAUAAAAAACAUCAACAAAAUUUUUCAACAGAUAAAGAAAUUACGUCUGUACAAGGCGAUAGUGCGCUGAUUGAACAAGAUAAUUUUCCAUCAGAAGAUUUCUAUUCUGACAUUGAAGAACCAAUUAAGAAUGAUAAAUAUUUAUGCAAAUUUUGUAAUACACAUUUGAGUUCAAACGAGAAUUUAUUAGCCCAUAUGGAAAAAUUACAUAAUAUUAAAGAGAUCUCCUUGUGUCGCGUUUGCGGAUGUGACAUAAAUUCCGUUCUACAUGAAAACAAUUGUCUUAGUGGGACUAAAAUUAUUUCGGAAGGAUGUACUGACGAAAAAAUGUCUCCAAUAAUAUUUAGUGUCAGUCAUGAACCAUCAUUGAAACCGGAAACUGAUGAAAUAGGUGAAAUUCCGGAUGACGAAAUGGAUUUCUUAAAGUUUCUAAAUGUUGAUUUUGACAGGUAGCAGUUAUACGAAAAAUGUUAGACUUAAUAAAUUACAUUUCUGACUGGAAAGCCUUUCAAAUUAUAUAAAUUAAACAAUAUUAUUUAGUUUGAGAAAAUUAUAUAAAUAAAUACUUACCUACCUAAAUACAAAAAAAAAAUUUUAUAUAACUUAGAAAUGAAUUAUCUUUAGAUGGUGUAAAGCUGUGAGUUAGAUAUGUACGUAUAUAAGGUCUGUCCGGUAUAAUUAAAAACUUA